AUCUCUCUUCCUUCUCCCUUCUCUCUCUGUGGUGCCUGUUUUCUCCUUUGCCUUUCUUGUCUAUGAUAAACAAUUAGGGAUGGCUUUGUUAAAGUUUCUCCCAGUCUUGGCAUUGUUUGCUUUGCUUUUUGUGCUCAGCAACAAUGGAGUUGAGGCUUCUCAUAAGAUUUAUCUUCGCUAUCAGAGCCUUAGUGUUGACAAGGUGAAGCAAACCCAUAGAACCGGGUAUCACUUCCAGCCUCCUAAGAACUGGAUCAACGAUCCAACUGGGCCUUUGUACUACAAGGGGCUAUACCAUCUAUUCUACCAAUACAAUCCCAAAGGUGCCGUGUGGGGCAACAUUGUCUGGGCUCAUUCAGUUUCAAAGGAUUUGAUCAAUUGGGAAUCCCUUGAGCCUGCAAUCUACCCUUCUAAAUGGUUUGAUAACUAUGGAUGUUGGUCUGGAUCUGCAACAAUUCUCCCAAAUGGUGAGCCCGUUAUAUUCUACACGGGUAUUGUUGAUGAAAAUAAUCGUCAGAUCCAAAACUAUGCUGUGCCUGCAAACUCGUCGGAUCCAUAUCUUCGUGAAUGGGUUAAACCUGAUGAUAAUCCAAUAGUGUAUCCAGAUCCUAGCGUGAACGCUAGCGCAUUUCGUGACCCGACCACUGCUUGGAGGGUUGAUGGGCACUGGAGGAUUUUGAUUGGCAGCAAGAAGAGAGAUAGAGGGAUUGCAUAUUUGUAUAGGAGUUUGGAUUUUAAGAAAUGGUUCAAGGCCAAACACCCGUUACAUUCAGUUCAAGGUACAGGUAUGUGGGAAUGCCCAGAUUUUUUCCCCGUUUCUUUGUCCAGUGAAGACGGGUUGGAUACCUCAGUUGGUGGAUCAAAUGUAAGGCAUGUCUUGAAGGUUAGCUUAGACUUGACAAGAUACGAGUACUAUACAAUAGGUACUUAUGAUGAGAAGAAGGAUAGGUAUUAUCCUGAUGAAGCCUUAGUUGAUGGUUGGGCGGGGCUCAGAUAUGAUUGUGGAAACUUUUAUGCUUCUAAGACAUUUUUCGAUCCAAGCACAAACAGGAGGAUUUUGUGGGGUUGGGCUAACGAGUCUGAUUCUGUACAACAAGACAAGAACAAAGGAUGGGCAGGAAUUCAGUUGAUUCCAAGGAGGGUGUGGCUAGAUCCUAGUGGAAAGCAAUUGCUACAAUGGCCUGUUGCAGAACUGGAGAAACUAAGGAGCCACAAUGUUCAACUGAGAAAUCAAAAGCUCUACCAAGGAUAUCACGUCGAAGUUAAAGGCAUCACUGCUGCUCAGGCUGAUGUCGAUGUUACCUUCUCUUUCCCAAGCUUGGACAAAGCUGAGCCCUUUGAUCCUAAAUGGGCCAAGCUUGAUGCACUUGAUGUCUGUGCCCAAAAGGGUUCCAAAGCACAGGGCGGGCUUGGGCCAUUCGGACUGUUGACAUUGGCUUCAGAAAAGCUUGAAGAAUUCACUCCCGUCUUCUUUAGAGUCUUUAAAGCAGCAGACAAGCACAAAGUUCUCUUGUGCUCUGACGCGAGGAGCUCUUCCUUGGGAGUAGGACUAUAUAAACCACCUUUUGCUGGAUUUGUUGACGUUGAUUUAACUGACAAGAAACUUACACUCAGGAGUUUGAUUGAUCACUCUGUUGUUGAAAGUUUUGGAGCUGGAGGAAGAACCGUCAUCACAUCCAGGGUUUAUCCGAUCAUUGCAGUCUUUGACAAGGCUCACUUGUUUGUGUUCAACAAUGGAAGCGAGACCGUCACUGUAGAGACUCUCAAUGCUUGGAGCAUGAAGGUGCCUGUGAUGAAUGUCCCUGUAAAGAGCUGAACGGGGAGGAUUUAUUUUUAUCUUUUUUUCUAUAUCAAUGGAUGAUGAAAUUGUCCCGUACAAUUUAUGAGGAAUAAAUAAAUCUUCAAUAUACUUUA